CUCAUUUCGCAAACGAUAGUGAUACUGCCAAAGUGAAACGAAUUAGCCACUAUCAACCUUCAAAGUUACAGAGAAUACAAGAGCGUGCGAAGGGAUAGAUUCUAUAUUUAUUAUGGGAUAAUCACACAGCCCAUAGCUGUUUUCCAUCCCCCCCUCCGAACUGUAGCCCGUGCAUAGGCUAGGGAUAGCCCCUUUCCUUCCUCCUUUCUGCCCCCCACCUUUUUUCUCAUUUGUGUGCGACAUCUCCUGGCGCCACCGUAAAGUACCGCGGGAGAAAGAGGGGGCGUGGCCGACAGGAAAACGGAGCGCUCUAGUGACCCUUAACGUUGCUGGGCCUGCGGCGGGUCCUGGAGUGUUUUCGCCCGAGGAUGGGGCUGCUGGAGCUCUGCCACGGGGCCUUCGGCGCCGGCGACCUGUACCAGGUGCUGGGGGUGAGGCGGGAGGCUUCGCCGGACGAGAUCCGCCGUGGCUACCACAAAGUCUCGCUGCGAGUGCAUCCGGACCGCGCCGACCCCGCCAAUAAAGAGACGGCCACCUUGCAUUUUCAGAUCCUGGGCAAGGUGUAUACAGUACUAAGUGACCAGGAACAGCGGGCUCUGUAUGACCAGCAGGGGAUUGUGGAUGAGGAGUCAACUGUGCUAACCCAGGACCGCAACUGGGAAGAGUACUGGAGGAAGCUCUUCAAAAAAAUAACAGUAAAAGAUAUUGAAGACUUUGAGAAGAAGUACAAAGAUUCUGCAGAAGAGCUAAUGGACAUUAAAGCAGCAUAUGAGGAUUUUAAAGGCGAUAUGGACAAAAUUAUGGAAUCUGUACUGUGUGUUGAUUAUACAGAUGAACCAAGAAUAAGACAGAUUAUCCAAAAUGCCAUUCAUUCUGGAGAACUUCCAUCUUAUAAAGUCUUUGUAAAAGAAUCUAAGCAGAAGAUGAAUUCAAGAAAACGGAGGGCUGAACAAGAAGCUAAAGAAGCAGAAAAAUCAAGAGAAGAACUGGGUCUUGGUGAAGGGGAAGAUGAUCUAAAAGCACUAAUUCAAAGCAGAAAUGAGAACCGAAAAAAAGAAAUGGAUGGUUUUCUGGCUGAUAUGGAAGCAAAGUAUGGAAACAAAUCAAAAAAAGGAGGAAAGAAAACAGCCCCCAAGAAAGGAAUGAAAUGACUGCCUUUACAAAUUUUCUGAUUUCACUUCAUUUCUUCUAUUAACUUUAAUCUUGCUUUGAGAUAGCCAAGGAAAAAUAUGCUUUCAACAAUUCAUUGCCACGCACGUUGGGUAGAAGACACAUUCAGAAAAAGCAAGAUGUAAAACUUAACGCUGCUGUUAAGCUCCAAAAUGCUACAGAAGAUUCAAGGUGGUGUUUAGCGGGAUUAUAGCUGUAGAGCAAAAUUGCUGUGAGGAAACUGCCAGUACUUGGCCAGUCUAAAAAAACUUUCCCACCUUGUAUUUAUGGAAAACAAUAUUGUAUGUUACAGGAAUAUAUUGAGUUGAUUUUAAAUACGUAACCUCAUGUGAGCAACAUGGCAAAUAUUGUCACAGUUUGAUUUUAUAAAGGCAUUUAUUAAACUUAAUAAAACUUGUUUUUGAAAA